AUGCAGCGCCAGCUUCGCUGCACAGACUACACCGUAGGAUGGGUGUGUGCUCUGCCUGUCGAGCUGGCGGCAGCGCAGCUCAUGCUUGACGCGAAGCACCCCGACCUCCCACGCGACCCGUCGGACAACCACGGGAAUCUGUACGUCUUCGGCUCGAUCAAUGGACACAACGUGGUUAUUGGGUGUCUGCCAGCUGGCCAGACUGGGAACAAUUCAGCUGCGGUUGUAGCGACGCAGAUGUUAGCCACGUUUAAGAAGAUUCGGUUCGGUCUGAUGGUGGGCAUCGGUGGUGGGGUUCCCAGCACCCAUUCCGACAUCAGACUUGGGGACGUAGUAGUUAGUCAGCCUGCCGGCACGUUUGGCGGAGUGGUGCAGUAUGACAUGGGAAAGACGACGAGCGAUGGCUUCCUGCGGACGGGCUCACUCAAUUCUCCGCCGCAGACGUUACUCAAUGCUCUAGCGGCGAUUCAGGCGGAUGAAUGGCUUGGAAAGAGCGGGUUUCUUGCGCACGCCCAGAAGUUGGAAGGAACGAAGUUUCGACGAAGCAGGGCAGGGCAGGACGUUUUGUUCCACGCAGCGUAUGAGCACGAGGACCCACACAGCCAGACGUGCGUCAAGUGCAGCGCAGACAGGAUCGAGACAAGACAGCCACGAAUGGACGGGGAGGAAGUCGUCGUGCAUUUUGGGACAGUCGCAUCGGGGAAUCGAGUGAUGAAGAAUGCCACCGAAAGGGACAUUGCUAGCGCGCAGCUCGGCGGUGUCCUCUGCUUCGAAAUGGAAGCUGCGGGGCUGAUGAACACCUUUCCAUGCCUCGUCAUCCGUGGGAUUUGCGACUACUCCGACACACACAAGAAUGAUCGUUGGCAAGCGUAUGCUGCAGGCAUUGCGGCCGCAUACGCAAGAGAAGUUGUAUCAGUCAUACAGCCUACUGAGGUGGCAGACAUACAGACAGCAGACAGUGAAGUCAGUCAACGCAGCGAUCCUCAGCCAGCUCAACAUCGUCACACCUUUCAGCCUAAUGCCACUGCCGUCGACCAUGUAUCAGCUGCAAGGCCGCCUUCCCAACCCAGCCAGAUAGCAAGAAAUCACGAGACACGCCAAUCCCUGAACCAUGAAACCACGCCAGAGAAGCUCGAGCUUUCGGAUGAUCAACGCAAAGUGAUCAAGGCUAGCCUCCAUUUCAAGCAGAGAGAUGCGCGACUGCUUACUCUUAAGCAAGCGCAAGCUAAGACGUGUCAGUGGUUGCUGAAGAAUGCGAAAUAUGCUGACUGGAUACACGCGGACAAAAUUACUGAGCACCGUGGUUUCUUUUGGAUCAAGGGGAAGCCAGGCUCGGGAAAGUCUAUCAUGAUGAAGUUUCUAUUCUCCCACGCAAAGAGGUCCAUGAAGAAAAGCAUUGUUCUUUCCUUCUUCUUCAACGCCCGAGGCGAGAGUCUGGAGAAAACAACGUCUGGCCUGUAUCGUGCUUUGGUACUACAGCUCCUUGAGAAAGCACCUCAAACCUGGGCUGCAUUUGAGUUGGAUGAAAUUGGCGCCACGCUCAACUUGAUCGAAGAAUCUGGUUGGCAAGAAGAAGUCCUUCGACAGCUCUUCAUUCGAUGCCUUCAGAGGCUGGGGGACCAUCGAGUCGUCUGCUUUGUAGAUGCUUUAGACGAAUGUCCCGAAGAUGACAUUCGCGCUAUGGUCUCUUUCUUUGAGGAGAUUGGAGAAAUCGAGUCGACCGCGGAAUUUCGCGUUUGCUUCUCGAGUCGGCACUAUCCUGAAAUCAACAUUCGGACUGGACUGCAACUUGUGCUUGAAGACGAAGCAGAGCAUAAGAAUGACAUUACUCUUUAUAUCGAUGCAAACUUGAGGAUCGAUCACGUCUCGCAAUUUGAGGAUGUCAGAGCCGAGAUUCUGCGCAAGGCAUCUGGAAUCUUCCUCUGGGUACAUCUAGUCAUUCCGGUUUUGAACAAAGAGUAUGACACCGGAAGAAUCAAAGCGCUGAAGAAACGACUUACAGAGAUUCCGGACAAUCUAAAUGACCUCUUCGUUGACAUGCUUACAAGGGAUCAACGAAGAGUGCGAUUUCUUCGCAUCACCAUUGAAAUCAUUCUACACGCCGCUCGACCAUUAAAGCCGGAGGAGUUUCGUAUCGCUAUCGAGUCGUACUUCGAUCCAUCAUACGGUCAUGAUCAAUGUUACGAUGCCGAAUCGCUGAGCGCUGAAAACUUGAGAAAAUUCGUACUCGAUGCCUCCAAGGGACUGGCAGAAAUCACGAAGUCGAAGGAGCCGACUGUCCAAUGGAUACACGAAUCUGUGCGAGAUUUCUUCCUCACAGAGAACGGACUGAACAAGCUUCGAUCAACGGAAAAUGGCUGCCAGGUAUCGGGACACAGUAUAUUUGUCAAACUGUGUCUGCAACAGUUGGACAGCGUCAUCCAAAACAACAAAUUCAGAAGUGAGGGUGUGGAACGUGAGAGAUCCUUUAUUACAUACGCCGUGGACUAUGUGUUGUACCAUGCGAACAAUGCACAAAGGACAAACAGGGAUCAGUCUUCAUUCUUAUCGCAGUUCGAGAAUCACUACAGGCGGGGCUGGUGCAGUCUGUAUUGCACUGACCGUGGAGAUUCUCUGAGCAAUGCACAUCUCCUAUACAUUCUAAGCGAGUUCGGCGCAGACGAGCUUAUAAGACUUCAUCCAGAAAGAUCCCGUCAUCUCGAUCUCAGUGAAGGAGGCCAUUAUGGUCUACCUUUACUGGCUGCAUUGUAUGCGGGCCACAACGCAGCAGCGCGCGCUUUAUUCGAUCUGCCACCUGCGCUCGAUGACUGCAGUUCUACAACGCUGCAAUCGAGACAACGUCCAACUUUCGCUCUGAAGAAGGACAAGUUCAAGCAUGAAUUACAGAUCUGGACCAUUCUGUGCGAAUAUGGAGAUCCAGAUCUACUGGAAUGUGUUUUGAUCGAGGAAAACGAAGAACGAAAUUUUGUUCCUUCCCACCAAUUAUAUCCCUACGCGGUUUCCGAAGCCAUUGUUGACACAAUCGUAUCGUUCCAGCGGAUUUCGGGCGAUGACCCCUACACAUUUACCAGGCGGAGACCAAUGACCUCUGCAAAUCCCGAUGAUGCUAGUAUCGAUUUGCCAUACCUCCGAUUACUUUUGAAAGAUCAUCCGGACAUCAUCAACUCAACUUCCAUCUGGGCAGUUUCAGGUGGCUUAUUGAGCUACGCCGCCGCGAAAGGCUUCCAUAGGAUCGCAAGGCUAUGUAUCGAGACGACCGAUGCCCAUAACUGGCGCAUGGCCCUAUUAUCUGCGAUGCGUAGCGCAGUCAACCAGGAAAGCCGCACUCUGAUCUUGAAACAGCUAUUCGAAGUCGGACUGGACUCUCUUCCUGACAAAGUGAGUGUCGAACAAGAGCUUUUCGAGACGAUAUGCCUUCCGCACAAUGAGUGUAUAGUUGAACAGGUUUUGGAGAAGAUGAAUCCCAAUCUGGACGCUACUUUCCAUCGCGGAGAACGCAUCCCAACCCUCUUCAAUCCCAAGGCUACACUUGAUCGCACAGAAGGCAUGACGCUACUCCUCUGGGCAUUGUAUCAAGGACGGAAAACCUAUGUGAAAAUGUUGCUCGAUGCCGGUUCUGAUCCCAUGGCUCGCGAUCCCUACGAUGGUACAACCGCACUCAUGCUCGCUAUCAAGCUGGGCGAUCUCAGUUCAUUUCGGCUCUUACUGCACCAUCCAAAACAUGAACCAAAUGCACGAGACAAUUCUGGAGGAACUGCUCUCUCAUGGUGUGCAAAAGUAGCCGACGGAUUUGCAUGUGCGAUGAUAGCCGAACUUACAGUCCAAGGCGGCAUACGUCCAAACUUGACAGACAAGUCGGGUCGAACUGCACUGGCAUAA